CACACGACACACAGAAAUCGACAAACAUCUGUGGUGAUUACGACGACCGAAGACUGCAAGCCCCGCGUAAGAGACUUUCGAGCGCAGACAAAGGCCCACAAUUAAGAAGGAAGGAGGAGAGAUUAUAGAGCAAGUAUAGACAAAUUAUCUGCCAUGGAGAAGAAGGUUUGGUCGGUGUUACUUAUCUUGGUUCUGUCUCUGACGUUUUGGGAUCGCUCUCUAGCAGGCAAUUGGUGGCAGAACAAAAAGCCAUCAACAUCGUCGUCUGGCAAGAAUGGUGGGGGCUCUUCCCUUGUUUUCCCUGUUGAAGGAAAUGUAUAUCCUCGUGGAUUGUACCAUGUGACCUUCAAGAUUGGGAACCCACCCAAGCCUUACUACCUCGAAUUUGACACAGGCAGUGACCUAACAUGGCUCCAAUGCGAUGCCCCCUGUCAACACUGCGACAAGGCGCCUCACCCUCUUUACAAACCCAACAUAAAUGACAUAGUAUUAUGCAAGGAACAAAUUUGUGCCUCUCUUGAUUCCAAAGUCCGCAACAACCCAACUGAUCAAUGCCACUACAGCAUUACGUACGCUGAUCAGAGUUCCUCACAUGGUGUCCUAGUCAGAGGUUUCUUCUCUCUCACAUUCACUGAUGGAUCAGUUCAUACACCCCGUUUGGCUUUUGGAUGUGAUUAUGAUCAGCAAAGUCCCAGUAUGGGAUCUGUGCGUCCCACAGAUGGAAUACUGGGCCUUAGCAAUGGCGGAGUCAGCAUCAUAUCUCAGCUCAAAAUUCAGGGACUGACAAAGAACGUGAUCGGCCACUGUUUGAGUGGACUGGGUGGAGGCCCUGGAGGGUACCUUUUCUUUGGUGAUGAUUUGGUGCCUUCUUCUGGGGUUGUUUGGACACCAUUGUCAACUACAUCUUUGAACAAACACUACUCCCCUGGUUCUUCUGCUGAGCUCAGUUAUAAAGGGAAACCUUCUAGUGUUACUGGUCUCCAAACAGCUUUUGACAGUGGGAGCUCCUACACCUACUUCACUUCCAUGGCUUACGAAACUUUGAUUUCUGCGGUGAAGAAAGAUUUAGUUGGAAAGCCACUGAAAGAAGCACCAGAAGACAAUACAUUACCUCUGUGCUGGAAAGGAGGAAAACCAUUUAUUUUUAUAGAUGAGGCCAAGCCAUACUUCAGCUCUGUAGUACUGAGCUUUGGUGGUGGCAGAAAUAAAGCUCAGUUUGAAAUUCCCCCUGAAUCUUAUCUGAUUAUCUCUAAAGCUGGUAGUGUUUGUUUGGGAAUUCUGAAUGGCACCGAAGCAGGACUAGAUCUUCUCAACGUCAUUGGAGAUACUUCCAUGCUGAACAAAUUAGUGAUUUAUGACAAUGAGAAGAAGCAGAUUGGAUGGAUCCCUGCAAAUUGUGACACGCUCCCCUAUUCUGGAACCAUCCACUAGUAAUCUACUCUGCAUACACCCUAUACAGCCAGCUUGGGUGUAUUACCAGAAUAAUGUCCUGCAACAUAUGAUCUGCAAGAGCACAAAUAAGUUGGAUGGCAACAAAAGCUUAGACCUCAUUACAAAUAUAAAGGAAUAAGACACAUUUAUAUGUUAAAUAAAUGUAAAAAUUGUCAAUGGAAACAGGUUCCCAUCACAGAAAUAAUAGAGAUGUUUUUGGUGCCUUGAAGGAUGAUACACAAUACCCUCCUUCCUUAAAGAAAACUCUCUCCUGCAGCUAGUUGUGACAAGAAAAUGCAUCUACACCUUCCUCUACAAAAAGAAAGAAGAUAGAACUGGAUUCGAACAGAAUUGUUGCUAUGUACAUGUCUGUACAAAAGCAUUCCACCUGUAUGAUGAUCAUGAAUAUCCCCAUCACCUGCAAUACUUGAAACAGUAACAUUCGUCGAAAAACCACAAAUGGGGCCUGUUUAGUGUCUGAAACUGAAGGACUAAAACUUUUUCAGGGCAAUAUGCAAACAAUGAAUGCAGAGAGCUGACAUACAGAACAAGCAACAGAAGAACUUGGUCUAGCAUUCUUUCCUUUCCCCAAUCUAAGAUAUAUAUUUUGUUCCAAAUGAGAAAACCAAAGGUCUGAAGCACAGAUUAAAGGAUAUGGCAAACACCAUUAUUAUAAUUGAAUCAAUUUAUUCUAUCAACAAAGGGCACUGAACUUUACUUUUAUAAUAUAAGGCAAACUAUGUGGCAC